AUGUAUAGCCACCUCAGAUCAGUAGCAGCGCGCAGAAUCACGACUCAACUCUCUCAGUCAACAAGGAGAAUCACAACCCAGAAACGUACUCAGAUCAGCACCAAGAGGGUACCAGUACCAGUAUCUGUCACUCCGACUUGCAGCCAAACAUUAAGGCUCAUUCACACUUCCAAAACCAGCCUGCAGAACAAGAUGGAUACUUCAUCCAGCACUACCACCAAAGCGGACCCCGCAUCGCCCGCACCAUCCGCGCCGGCUGCACCAACGGGCUCAAACACUUCAAGCACGUCACCGGGGCCCGGUAGCACCUCACCCAUUUCCACUUCUGCCCCAGAGGCUUCCACCACCAACCCUACUCCCACCUCUACCUCUACCACGACCACCGUCACAGACGUCUCAGAGGCUCCCACCACCACAGCCCGACCCAGCCAAUUCGGUCCAGAAGUCAUCGACGAUUCCAACCCACUAUCAGACCCCCUCUCCGUUGAAUCCCAACGCCUAGCCAACGCCGGUGCACCCCUCCCCCUGCCCUCCCCAGAAACCGCCACCCCCCAUCUCCCCAGACCAGGAACAGCCCAAAGUGGUGACAGUGAACGGGCAAGCCGUUGCCUUGGAUAA